AGAAGCAGCGGGAGCUGGCCCGGAAGGGUUCCCUGAAGAACGGCAGCAUGGGCAGCCCUGUCAACCAGCAACCCAAGAAGAACAAUGUGAUGGCCCGGACGAGGCUGGUCGUCCCCAAUAAAGGCUACUCCUCGCUUGCCAUGGGCCCUGAUGAGAAGCCACUGGUAGCUCUUGACACAGACAGUGAUGAUGACUUCGACAUGUCCAGAUACUCUUCCUCUGGCUACUCCUCUGCGGAGCAGAUCAACCAAGAUUUGAACAUCCAGCUGCUGAAGGACGGCUACCGGUUAGACGAGAUCCCCUGUUCAGUUACUUGGGGGAGACCACACCCAAGCACCCUGCCACCUCUCCCCAGAGCUGCAGUCAGGGGGCAGCACUGAAGGCCAGGAGGCCAACUGUAAGCAGAAAGAGGAAGGGAUCACAAGGCCAGGGGUUUGGCCCCAUGCCAGUGAAGCCAUGAAUUCCCCAGCCCUAGCCUGGAAAGGAAGGAAAGGGGGUUGGGGAAGAAAAGGCCCCAAGCAAUGGGGACAAUUCUCAACACCUCAGAGCCCCUCACCCCAACCCCCGUGCCAGCCCAUAUUCCUAUUUGUGUUUCCCCCUCAUCUCCAGAUGGGAAGCUAGGCAAAGCCGUCCAAAGGGAUACUAUCAUCCCUCAUUAGAUCACUGCCUUCUCCCUCCCUCCACUCAAGUUCCCCUGCUUCCUUACAUUCUGAGGACGGGGAGUGUAAGGUGAGCCUUAGAGGCCAGGUUUGGGGAUUGUAUGAUCUGUUCUCAACAGCCUCUAACCAGUGCAUCUGUCCCUGUGCCCCACCCCCUCACCCCAGUCUUCUGGUUAUUGCUUCCAGGCUGGUAGCAAGAGAUAGGGCUGGCCUCCAGUGCCCGGUUCCCGGUUCACCCUAACCCAAGGUCCAGGAGGCUGGCUUCCAGAAAGGCUCUUCAAGAGCAAGCUUGAGAGAAUGCAGUGCACCAAGUGGCUGUAUGUAUGUGGUAGGGUGUGUGUCUGUGUGUGUUUAACCUGUCUGUCCAGGUCAACCUGAUGGGUAUGUGUGGUGGGGAAAUGACUGUGGUCGAUUUGCUGUAUGAAAGGCUGCUUAAGAAAUGCAGUGGACUGAGGGCCUAGCCUGGCAGUCAGAAGCCUGGGUUCUAGUGUCAGCUCUGGUAUUCUCCCUGGGCUCUUAAGCAGUUCCCAGGCUUCUCCAGGUCUUCAGUUCUCUCGACUGGAAAAUUCAGAAUAGCUGACAUUACUAACAGUCUUUUCAGAUCUGAAGAAAUUUCUUCACAGGAAUUUCUGAAGAGAGCUUUGAGAGCAACUAGGAGGCCUGAGGUGUGUGCUUGUGUAGACAUAAGAAGCAAAUACAGAUUUGUUUGGGAAAGAGGUGUGUGUGUGUGUGUGUGUGUGUGUGUGUGUGUGUG